UUGCACUACGGCAAUCACCUUCCCAUGUUAUAUAAAUACAGAUGUGAACCAGCCACCUUCACACUGGUUUUUCAGACAGGACAGCGUCAGUUAAAACACACUGACUAAGACUAAAACUGAACACCAUGAAGGUUCUUGUGGUGCUUGCACUUGCUGUAUUUACAGGUUGCCAGGCCAACCUUUUCACUGCUGAUGAGCCCAAGCCACAGCUGGAGCAGCUGACUGAUGCAUUCUGGAGCUAUGUUUCCAAGGCAACACAAACCGCAGAGGAAACCGUCAAGAUGAUCAGGUCUUCCCAACUGGGACAGGAAGUCAAUGCUAGACUGACCCAGAGUGCCGACAUGGCCAGCGAAUAUGCCGUCACCCUCAAGAAACAGAUGGAUCCUCUGGCUGAAGAGCUGAUGACCAAAAUCACCAAAGAAGCUGAAGUGUUGAGGGAGCGUUUGGGCCAGGACCUGAUCACUGUGAGAGACCAGCUGGAGCCCUAUGCUGACAACCUCAAGAGCCAGAUCCAGCAGAGAGUGGAGGAGCUCAGGACGGCCAUGACUCCAUAUGCAGAUUCCCUGGAUUCUGAGACCCUGAAGGCCACUCUGCUCCAGAAGAGUGAGGAGCUGAGAGGAAACCUGGAGCAGAGCGUGAAGGAGCUGCAGGCUCAGCUGGAGCCCUACACUGCUGAAAUCAAGGAGAAGGUUGACCAGCGUCUGCAGGAGUUCCAGAAGACCGUGAGCCCUCUGGCUGAGGAUCUUCAGACCCAGAUUAGAGAGAGAGCCCAGAUGGUCCAGCAGAGUCUCACACCCCACGCUGAAGACCUGAAGGAAAAGUUGGACCCCUAUGCACAGGACCUGAAGGACCAGCUCACCUCCCUGUACGAAACCUUCAUCAAGAGAAAUUAGAUGCUUCACAGACUUCUUCUUUCUCUAACAGAACUAUAUAACUACUCAUGAACUUUAAUAUGGAUCAAAUUACAUAUAUUUGAUCCAUGUUUUCCUCCAUUCAUCCUACCAUGCCCUAUACUAGAGCAAAAAAAAGUUUGAUAAAGUCUCAUAAAUUACAGUAUGCAACAUCCAAUGUCCUUUACAAUUGCAAAUUCUCUAUUUUUUUUUCUGUGUAACAGCGGUUAUUUAUUUUGAAUAAAUACAAUAUCUCUGAGAAAAA